AAAGAUCUUUAUUAUCUUCAGUGCCUGUGAUUGUUUGUUUCUGAUCAGCUGUUUACUAUUGUGUUGAUAUGAUACAGACGUGGUGGUGUUUGAACUGCAUACAUGUUUUGGAUCGAGAAUUGUCUGUGAAAUAUUAUACGUGACAGCAUCUUAUGUGGAAAGCAAGAGCUUCAUUAAAGAAAUGUGUAGACAGCUGUUUGAAUGUAACUAUCUCGUUCACCGACAGUGAAAAUGUUGUGACACGUAAUGAACGCGAACGAACAUUAUCGCGGGAUUUACAUGAAAUACGUUUCGUGUUCGUUCAAUGCAAAGGAUGAUACAGAGGGUUACUGUCGGAAGAGUGCUAUUAUUUGGCGCUUUGCUGAGUUUUGUUAUUUUUGUACUUCUUUUUGAGUCUCAAAUUCUACAAGUGAGAGAGAGUACUAAGGAUUUAGAAUAUCUUGUAGCAAGUCUUCACCAAAGAAAUGUUGAGAAUCAUCGAAUUUUCGACAAUAGACCAGAAGAGUCAAUGCUUACGGACAUGGUCAUUAUUUAUAACCGUGUACCGAAAACAGCUUCAACCAGUUUUGUUGGCGUAGCAUACGAGCUUUGUAAACAAAAUGGAUUUCAUGUUCUUCAUAUUAACAUUACAGCUAAUAUGCAUGUACUGACGUUGGCAAAUCAGUUGCAGUUUGUACAAAAUAUUUCAUACUGGAAUAGUAUAAAGCCAGCAUUUUAUCAUGGUCACAUGGCCUUUUUAGAUUUUGGAAGGUUUGGAGUUUCACAGCGUCCGCUAUAUAUUAAUCUGAUCCGGAAGCCACUGGAUAGGCUUGUUUCAUAUUAUUACUUCCUUCGCUAUGGAGAUGAUUUUCGACCGCACCUAGUGCGCAGAAAACAUGGUGACAAAAAGACAUUUGAUGAAUGUGUGCAGUUAAACCAACCGGAUUGUGAUCCUGAUAAUAUGUGGCUCCAGAUUCCAUUCUUCUGUGGGCAUGCAGCACCGUGUUGGAUUCCAGGAAAUGAGUGGGCCCUUGAAGAAGCAAAAAGAAAUCUUAUCAAUCACUAUUUCUUAGUUGGAGUCACUGAAGAACUGGCAGAUUUUGUGAGGAUAUUGGAGGCGGCACUUCCUAACUUUUUCCGUGGUGCAGCUGCUCAUUUUGAAACCAGUAAGAAAUCCCAUUUAAGAAAAACUGCACAGAAAAUAGAACCAUCUGAAGAGACAGUAUCAAUUAUAAAACAGUCAAAAAUAUGGAAGAUGGAAAAUGAGCUUUAUGAGUUUGCUUUGGAGCAGUUCCACUAUAUAAAAAAGAAAAUACUGGCAAUUAAGGAUAGUUCAAACUCUGAGAAAGUGCAGCAGUUUACUUAUGAAAAAAUACGUCCAAAAUGAAGGUCAUAUGACUACAUUGCUGACUUUGGAAGUGCAACAAAUCGGUACAUCCGUCUUGAUUCCCAAGAAAGUGUUCAAUGGUUGUUUAUCGAACCAAAGUAUAACUUUUCAACAUGCCAACUUCUAAAAGGCAACAGUAUUAAUCUAUACCUACAGAACUUUGCCUUUCUUACAUCCGUUAAUGUUAUAAUUAUGAUUUAUUGCUACAGUUUCGUUAUGCCUGUUAAGGGAAAAUCGAACAUUAAUAAUGGAUUGUGUAGGUAUAUCAGUUAUUAUAUACCUUGGCAGUAAGACAUUACAUGUGUUUCUAGUCCCUCACAACAAAUAUUUGAGGUUAAAUCUUGCCAGCAACGUGGUCUGGUGGAACAGACAUGGCAGUUGUAGAAAUGGAGUAAUGGUCCCACACUUUACAACUGUCUGUAGCAUUCCUUCUGCAGUUAUAAACACAGAACUAAAGAGAUUAUUUUUGUUGUACUGAAUUAGCCAAAAGAACCUUGUACACAGUUUUUCAAAGCAUCUGUUUUCCUUUUAUAUGUGUGUGUGUGUGUGUGUGUGUGUGUGAGAGAGAGAGAGAGAGUGAGAGAGAGAGAGAGAGAGAGAGAGGGGGGGGGGGGGGGGAAGGAGGUCAAAUUGAUAAGUUACAAUUGUAAAAUGUGUUUCCAUAAUUGCUCCAUGGGGGAAAGCCAUCACAUUUUUUUUUUUUUCAAUGUUUGACACUCAAAGACUGAAAUAUUUAACUGAUUGAAUGUAACAUCAUUUGCUGUUAAAGUAGCAGUAAAGAAUUAACUUGAUAUAUAUAUUUUAAAUUAAUAUUUUGACAGAUAUGUGUAAGAUGAUGAAAAAUGCUGAUGGAUUUUUAUUAGAAGAUUUUCUCUCCUCAUUUGCUAGUCAUUUUCAGCUGCAUUUGAAUGAUAUUGUUCCUUAACUAUGGUGUAAGGAAAAGGCAAACACUACCCUGUACUUAUCUUGUCUUCCACUGAAGGGUAAUAGCUUUGUUAUGGCAGUGAUUAUAUGAAUUUCACAAUGUAUCACCGAUUUUUAUUAUAGAAGGAAUCAUAACUGUUUGUUACAAAUUUUGAUAUUUGUAGGAAAAUGUAUACAGUAAACGGACUUUUGUGAGAGUGAUUUUACUUUUUGAUAGCCAUUUGCUUUCUUCUCAUGGAUUUUAUGCAGAUCUCUACUUCGUAGAAGUUUUAAAGCAGGCCUGUAAAAAAACUUUGUUUGGUUGUGCUCCUCGGGAUCUCCAUAGUGUACAUUCUUAGUUACUGGUUACAGAACAUUUCUGGCAGUGAUAAAAUUUUAGAAAUUCAAGCAUUAAAAUAAUGAAGUCUGAUGCAUCUGUUAUUUGUGGAACAAUGUGUAAUACAUCAUGUUUCUAAAUGAAAUGAAACUGUUCAGUGUAUAAAAUAAUUAGGAACAAAAGCACUGAGCACAGGAGAGGUCCAGGACAAGUUUAAGUACCUACCAACAUGUUUCUGAAACAGAUAUUUUACCAAGAAUAUUCAGCUGCAUUAAACUGGCUGCAAUUAUAUGUUAAGAAAAGAACACAAUUUUCUGUCAGGCAGUACCAAGUAUAGGCAUCAUCCUGUUAUGACAUAAUCCCAGGAAUGUAAUGCAUUAAAAAAAUCUUUUGACAUUGAUUGAUGAAAAUUUCCUUAAUAGGAUGGUGGAAGUACAUAAUGGAACUGGAAACAUAAAUAAUCCUCUAGUAUAGUGUGACAUUGAUACUUAAAUCUCCUUACCGUUGUUUGUAAUGAUUUCGAACCAUCUGCAACCAGUAUGAUUUGGUAAAUUAAUCUCAUUCAUUAAGAUGACCUGUCAGCACUCCAUGUUCCAGGUCAUUGUUCAGAUAUCCAUUGUAUUCAGAUAUAUUGUUGACAUUUGUCUUCACUUGAUACCAUAUUACAGAUGACAGAUAUUCGAGGCAUUUGGUACUAAAACAUUGCAGAAACUGACCGUUCUAUGUUGGUCUAUUGGACCCUUGCUGGUGGGUUUCCUGAACCUUUUUAACAUAGAUAUUCAUCUGUGUAACAAGUGUUCAUCUCAGUAACAAGUCAAUCUAUGCAUGGAGACUUUGUUCUUCCAUACUAAAAUUUUAUCUUUUGUACCCUUAAGAUGACAUGGACAUGUCAGUAUGUUGAGGAGAUCAUGUCCCAGUGUAGGAACCACCUCAAAUGCGAUCAGAUUGAAAUUUGAAUCAAAAUAGUAAUGCGAAUUUGCACAGUACUCUGUUUAUGAGCAAGUCAAUUACUUAAUUAUUUACCCCAUUUUAUUUCUGCAAGCUGCUACUGUUCCCUUGCCCCCCCCCCCCCCCCUGCCCCGAACUAUUUUUGUUGCUUUUGCCCAGCCCAUGGCCAACAAAUUCACCAAGGAAGGAAAGAAAAUUUUGGUUCAAAAUCUUGUCAGCUGUGAAGACCUUAGAAACAUGUACAAGCUCAAAUUGAACAUGAAUUGGUGGGAAAUCACCCAUGUGCAUUUCAAAGCAACUAGCCUAGUAUUUGUCUGAAGUGAUCUGAGAAACACUAAAAAAUUAACUCUGUUCGGACAGGCCUUGGAAGGUCCAACAGUACCAACCAGCUGCCAGAAAAUCAAAAUCUAGAUGUUUGGACAGCAGGUUUGAACCAAAUUCAUUAAAUAUCCCUGUUGCUGCACAUUUAAAUGUAUUCUACCCUUCAGUAUACUAAACUAGGUUGAGCUUCAGCAUAUCCAUUUCACCAAGCACUAGAAUCCAAGAUCGUAUAUCCAAACCCUAUCCAUCCUUGAUACAAUGUAUCUGAAGUCUUCCUGUUAUUCCUCAGUCUUUUCUACUCAUAUUUUUCUUUGUAUGAUGCUAAGAAGUGUAUGCAUUAACUGAUUUAUUUACUUACUUAUCUUUGUUCAAAAUCUGGGAAUGUCAUCCUUUUCAAUCAUCUUGUAUUUUCUUUUUUGCUGUGAAAGUAUUCCCAUUUGCAUGAGUUUUCAAUUAUCAUUUCUUUUAACAUACUUCUUUCUUCACUCCGUUUCUUCAUGUCUUCAUUCACUUAUUUUUCAUUGUUGUGUCAUCAAAACCUACAGUAACCACUUUUUUUUUCAUUUUGUGAUUAUAUUUUGCUAUCAUAGAGUGUGACACAGCUGCAAGUUUGGUUGGUUCUAUACAAAUCACAUUAACUUUGUGUUAAUGACUUUGUGGAAUAUAUUACUUGUGCACUGGAAAACCUAGUGGUCUGAAGUGAAGAUUGUCUUCGCAUAUUUGAGUGCCACAGAGCUGGUUCAUUUCAACUACUCAGUAAUAUAUUCAUUAUCACUCUGUUAUUUUCAUUGUUUGUGACUCCCGUAUGCUGACAUCAGUUAUUCAUAUCUAAUAAUAUUGCAUGAGAAUUAUCAGUUAUAAAAGUUUUAUUUGUAUCCUUUGAAUAUUUUGGAUUUACAAUUUCUUUUAUGUCAUUGGUUAUGUUCCCUCUGUAUAUGACAUCAGCAGCAUUCAUGUGCACUGGAUUAAAUAUUUGUGAGAAAAAAAUAUUUUUCAUAGCUUCCUAGAUGAAACACAAGUAUUUCGAGAACAAUAAUUAGUUUACAAACAAUGACCUGCCAUAAUGGUUAUGUUUAUGUGUGACAUUAAUUAAACUGAUAAUCACAGGUUACUGAACUGAUCAUGCUGUAUAUUUUGUAGUUCAUUUUCCUCACAUGACCCAUGGUAAAUUAUACAAGAGUUAUGUUGUGAUCAUAUGAAGUAAAUAGUAGAUUUAUUGUUUAAGUGUAGGUUUAUUGUUGUGAUAUGUAAAUGACUGAUAUGUGAAUGGCAACUGACCAUACAGGUUUUAUCAACAGAGGGUAAACCAGUUGUUAAUAACCACAGAAAAUAAUCCAGUGGAAAUACUGUUCCAUUCAUCUACACACUGCCUAGUGUGCCACACAUGUUUAAAUUUGAUACAAGAGACUGUCUGAAUACAUAGAAUACCCUAAUGAGGUACUGUACACCAGUUGAUAAAAGUUUUCUCCAUUGUAUCAUCAAGAAAUGCUAUUAACACAUACUAAUAGAAGACAGAUACUUGCCUCCUACAGCUAUAGCCUUGCAAAAAUCACAAGUGAGCAGAAAACAAAUCCCCACUUCCAUCUCUGCACCUACUCUUACAAGCAACUGUUACAGCUGCAUGAUAUCGAAGAGUUGUACACGUGUGAUAUUCUGAUGCCAUGGAGAUUAGUUGGAAGAGAGAAAGGAAAUGCACAGAGGUCAGUUAUUGCAGAGUUAAGUUCCACUAACUUCAUUAUCACACAUUGAAGAAUUAAACUUACAUACUAUGCCAAAAAUGUUCUAUAAAAUUGAAUGUAGACACUGCUGUUUCAUGACAUAUGCUUAGUCAUCAGCUGUAUGUUGUUAAUUGAAAUGAUUAUUAUUAUGACUCAAGUAAUUAUGCAUGGAAUGAGAAAUAAUUUUGCCAAUAAUCUAGCUGUUUGCUACCCUUUAUGUUAAACUUAAAAACUUGGCAAUAGCUUGUAUUACUUAUUUUUAAAAAAGCUGGUACAUGAACCCUAUGGUAUUUUCCAUUGCUACGUAUUUUUUGUGAGUGAUCAUGCACUUCGAAUCUGUUUUAUGUGAUGUUACAGAUUUUUAUUUGUCUUUUAAUUUUGCACCACUUGGAAGGAAUAUUUUUUACAGCAUGUGAUAAGUGAUACCUGCUUCAGAUUGAGAUUACAUUUUAUUUCUUGAGACAAUUUGUUUUGGAAGGAGUUAUAGUUGCUUUAUUUAUUGAAGCAAGUAUAGUUGAUAUUCAGUAUUUUCUUCUGGACAGCUUGAGAUAUUUUUAAAAAAAUAUUGUAUAUUUUUAUAUGUUUCUUUUGUAAUUAAAUACUCUUUAUUUUGCAUUCCUUAUGCACGUGAUAUCUACUAGUUCUAGCAUUUGUCUUUGCUUUAUGCUAUUAUGUCACACCUGCUUUCAGAACAAACUUUGCUGACAUAUUUUUAAUGUAUGUGAAACAUUUUGUUGCCAUGGACACUGUUCUGUUAAUUUUGUUAUUCUUGGGUAAUAAAGAUCUUGUUGAUGUA